AGUUAAUAUUUCGGUUUAAUGUCGGGACUUUCUGUUAUUUUGUGAUCUGUCACGCAAUGUGGAAAAGUUAUACAGGUGUUUCUUCUCGUUAUUCCAGGUGUUGGUCGUAUUGCGAUAAAGUCUUUUUGAUGUGAUUUAAACAAAACAAUUAGAAAAAAAUACUUUAGAUUUGUAUUGGUAUUUUGUGAUUGAAUUAUUUCUUGAUAAUGUGAUACAGUGCGCAUACGUUGCUUGUUUACAGUAUGAAAAUGAAAAUCAUAGGAAACCACGUGAAUUCGUGCAAGCUUAGUGAAUGCAGAAAUAAAAAUCCUUAGACUAUGCAACAAUAGUGAAUCCACAACUGAAAUCGAGGCUGCAGCAUCUACGAUGGAGGUCCAGGACGACAAGCUUGAUGUGUGUCCUGAAGACGGAUACCAGCAGUCCAAGCCCCCGGAAGAAACCCGAAGGAUACGGGGCUUCCGCCGCAGAUUUUCGGAGUCCGCGAGGGAUUCCCACCCGGAGAGCAUGUCCCGGCUGGCACGCUUUGGCACGGGGUUGCGCAGGAGGCUCUCGGGGUCCACGCGAGACUUGUUCUCCUCCACGGCGACGGCCACUGCAGGAGGAGGCACUGACGAGGCCAAACCCGGGAAUAAUGGGGCUCUCAGGCGUCACCUGUCCGCCUCCAUGAAGGACCUCCUGCACGGCGGCGGUGUCCAGCGUGGCGACAGCGACGCCGAGGGCAUAGGACGACGUCUCUCUCGCCGCCUGUCCCUCCUGGCGGGGACGGUCGCCAGCAGGUCGGACCACUCGCGAGGAUCCCUGAGGGUGCGGCUGCCCAACUUCCGCAGAUCGAGGACCUUCAGCGUCAACAUCAUCUUGCCGGACUCUACUUCGAGGAUGGUGGUGGGUGAUGGCACGCAGACGGUGGGGCAGGCGGUGAGUCAUGUGGCCCAGGACCUCAACCUCACCACGUUCUCCCUGGCCCUGGCGGACUCCCAGGCUGAGGUCGACCUUGACGCCCCAGCGCACCUUCUUGACGGCGACACGAUCCUUCUGCACGAUGCCAUCGAUACGUUCAACCCAGCCGUUGAGUUGGAGCCCCGGCUGCGGAUGGCCAUCGUAAUUGCAGCCACGGAGAAGACGCUGGUCCGGCGUCUUCGGUGCGUGGAAGCGGUGUACGGCCAGCACCUACGACGCCUGUCCUCGGUGACGGAGGACGAGCACGAAAUCCUCUUCGGAGGCGUCGCCCCCAUAGUGACGCAGGCGGAGGCUUUCAUCUCCAGGCUGGAGAACGCCAUAGACUGCUGGGACGCCGAGACUUCAUGCCUCGGUCCGUUGUUCGUAGCAGAGCUUUGGGAGCAGUACGAGGAGUACCUCGGCCAGUACCAAGAAGCUGUUAGGAUCUUGCGAGAGAAGCACAGCACGGACGAGGAGUUCGUGGCCCUGUGCAAGCUGAGGCGGGGGGCAGCGCGCCACUCCCUGCUUCAUCUGCUUCAUUUACCGAUAAACAGAAACACUGAUGAUAAUGACACGAUACAAAGACAUGGUUGUUUUCCUCAAAGCGCCAUCGAGAGGGAAGGGCUCGGCCCGGCCCGCCCCCUGACCUCGCAUUCUCGCACACGCCUCUUGGCCCAUGUUUUGAUCAUGUGGGUCAGCCAGGUCGCCGGUGGCCCUCGCGUGAGUCACCACGGUGUUAUGGGCCGUGUGGUCAGUUUACGGCCGCAGGACAGGUGGGAGAAUGUCCCAUAUCCUGGUGGUGAUUACCUGGUACAUCCGAUGCUGCAAAAGAGAGAGCUGGAACGGACAGGUUUCCGAGACCCCGAACCCCAUCAGGAGCCUCCUGUGACCCACUUUACCGGAUAUUUGCCAAAAAUGGGCGGCUUCACUCCGGGCGUCACUGUUGCGUAUCCGCGCAUCGAGGAUUACGUCCCUCUAGCACGGACAUGUGCAUUGUGGCAGUUUUCAGCUGAGGCCAAUUUUAAGCCUUCCGUCCAGGGACAGAAGGGCGAGCGAAGCAAGUGA